UUCCCGACUUCCCGUAUUUCUGUAAAUUKUAAAUUUAAUGUUUAUAUAAUUUAUUUGUAGURGGUGUUUAGUUAAUAGUUUUAGUGUUGACUGUUUAACAUAAUAAUAUAACCCAGUCUAUCUUUAUUUGACACGAGGUCACGUUGUAUGCCAAAAUCAUUUUAAACUAAUAAACAUACAAUAUUAUUUAUUGAUAGUUUAGCGUUUUGCUCCUGUAAUUCAAUUUUGCUAAUAGAACAUUUUUCUUUAUCGUGAACGCCACCAGUUACCGGCCAUUUUUAGUUGUCUACUCUUAUGAUAAUAUAAUAUUGCUAUUAUAUUGCACUAUCUAUCGAAAAUUAUUUAGGAUUUCUUCAACAUUAUUCAACCUGGACCCAUUAACACAUAAACAUUCCAAAACUAACUGAAGUUGAACUUCAAAAGAUAAUUGAAAAGUUUUUGUUGGUAAUUUCUAAUAUAUUAUUAUUUGUUGUUACGAUGUCAUAUGCAAACGCUCUAUCAAAAAAUCUGACGAAAACACCCAUUGAGUUUAAAAAUCUACCAGAUGAAAAAAUAUUAUUUGUUAUAGAUUCUUAUGCGUUAUCUAAAAUUGACAUUGAUUUUAGUCCUACUAAUAUAGAUUCGAUGUCUAGUGUAGAAAUAAUUCGAAGGGCAUACAGAUUUUUUGCAUUACAAAAGAAUCGAUUUCAAAAUAACUCGUUUGGAAUUUGUUUAUUAACUCCACACUCAUUUAAUCUAGUUAUGGAUUUUACCUCAAAUAUUAAUAUUGUGAUUGAAAAAUUAUCAUCUAUUUUGAAUCAAAAUGAUAAGCCUGAAGAAGUUGCUGCAUAUGAUUUUGGCCCUUUGUUAAAAUAUAUUGGCAAAUUAAGGAAUCAUCACAAAGAUUGUUUAUUUAGAGUUAUCAUGACUUAUAACAGAGAUGACUGUUUACCGAUUAUUGAAUCACUAGACAAAAAGACAUUUAAUAUUUUUUGUUCACCAACAUUUUAUUUUGAUACUGUUUAUGUAUGUGAAAAUAAUAUUGAAACAGAUGAAAUGGCUCAAAAUAUUUAUGGUAAAUUGGCUUUAUUGUGUAGUUCUUGGUCUCACAAAGU